AUGUCAGCCCGAGGUUUGGCGUUGAUAAACAGUAAACCCGGGUUUGCGUAUGAUGACGAAGAACUGUGGGUUGGGAAAAAACAGCUCGGAGAUGGUGGGCAAGGCUGUGCAGGCCUGUUCGUCAAACUUGAUCGUGAGACGCAAAGGGUUGUUAGACAGAUGGCAGUCAAAGAAGUAUGGCCAGUGAGAGAAUGGGACAAUGAAUAUGAAUUUUACGGUCCCAAGAAGGAUGUUCCUAGGGAAGAGUUCAUGAGCAGGAUCUUGCCUAAAGAAUCAAACGUCGUCGACAUCAUUUGCUCUCGGUUUUAUAAAGAAAGGGAUGCUUUUCGGUUAUACAUGGAAUACUGUAAAUGGCGCACAGUCAACUUUCGAGCCUUUUUCGCUGACACAUUAGCAGGUCCUGGAGGUGAUUUGAGAAGACUUCUCCAGGAAUAUCAAGAACGUUCGCUUGUUUUCCCAGAGCCAUAUAUAUGGAAACUCUUCCAUGAUCUUGCUCGAGCAGUACAUGCCAUGGAUAAUCCAUCCGGUCACGGCUUGAAAGGAGAUGAAUCCGUAGCUCAUAUUGAUUUCAAACCAGACAACAUUUUCCUUUGCUUGCCUGACGAGAACAACUUUCCGAAGUAUCCUAUUGCCAAGUUGGGUGAUUUCGGAGGCGCAAUGAUAUCUUCGCCUCGAGACACUGAGGAAGAACACUUGAAAAAGGUUGACAGCACUUCGGCUACCGCCGGUUAUGUUGCGCCGGACAUGGAGCAAUUUUCUCGAAAUAAACUGGCAAAUCAAAUUCCAAAAAGGAACGCAAGAUUUGGUGUCACGUCGGCGGACAUACCCAAGAGAAUUACUUCUGCCACCAAUGUUUGGAACGUCGGGCUCAUCAUAGCCGAUCUCAUGACGGCUUCUCAAUGUUUCAAGAAACCAAAAUUUGGAGUCUACGAUGCUCGCGACGCAUGGCUUGACGACUUCUUUAGUCAAAAAGACACUACCCCAAGAGUGCAAGGCUAUAGCGCAUUGCUCAAGGACACGGUCAUACGGUGUCUCGAUUACAUACCCAAUCGGAGGCCGACUGCCAUAGAUCUUCUCGCAACAGUCAAUCAGGGCGUAAAGAUCUAUGCCGGUGUUAUGAGAACCAGAGAGUGCUUCGAUGUUACUCAAUAUCAUGGCGAGUAUGAUCUUGAUCCUAACAUCCCAUUCGUAGACGACUACCCUGUUACGCAGGAAGAAGUCAUAGAUCUGGAUAUGAGCGACGAGAUCCCAACAACAACAGACCCGCCUGGUGGUGGAGGUCCAAUGCCAAAAACACCACUCAGGAGACCACCAGAGAACCCGCAUGAUACCUGGCGAUCAAUGACCACAACAUCCGGCGCUCCUCAAGACACUCCCGCCCAAGGUUUUCUUAUGGGUCCCAACGCAGGGCAGUUUGUUCAUGAUUUCUUCGAUCCUGCAGCAGGAUACGAAGUACUUGAUCAACCUGUUCCUCAAUUUGACUUUGUCGAUGGAGAUGGUCUAUAUCAGGCUCUCCAGGAUUCAUUACCUCGACGUCGCUGA